ACGUAAUUUAUUUGUGUGAGUUCGUCGCUUGAGAAGGACGGACAAUGUGCGACGUGGUCGAGUGUGUGCGGAAUAUUAUGGAGUGAAAUCGUACCAAGUGUGUGAAAUGUUUAGUGCUAGUUUUUACUGUGUUUUGAAUUCAAAAUGAGUGCGAACAGAUAAUAUUUUAAACUGCCUAAAACUGAUAAAACUCUGUACACUCGCGGUACACGUAUCAUAUCAUAUGAACAGUUUCAAAAUGGCUGUGUUGUGAAGGACCCUUUGUCCGCUUUCAUUCGCUUUUCCAGCAUGGUAGUGGGAUCAUACAGACAAGGAUUUAUUUUUAAUAGGGAAUGCAUGUCAUGUACCCGGUGCAGAGCCAGUAUUGCAACAGUCAGCCACAGAGCACGCAAGCAGAGUUCAAGCCGGCGCUGUCGCCGGAGCAGCAUCUAAUCAAGAAACGCCGCGUGCUCAGCCCACUAGCGCAGACCUCGAGCAACCAGCAGGCUCACCCGGACGACACAUACUAUAAGGAGAGCUGGUGGAGCGAGGUGGGAGGAGCGUCUCGGUCCGCGCCGCGCCGCGCGUGCGAUGCUGAGCGAGUCUCGCCCGCGCCGGCCGCGCACCGCACUCGACUCUGCUGCUACGAUAGCACUGUGGGAGAUAACAGAAGCCGGCGCGAGGUGGCGGCGGCGGUCAGUGCUGCGGGCACGGUCACGGGCGCGGUCACUGGCACGGUCACUGGCACGGUCACCGGUGCGAGCACGGGCACGGGCACGCGGAACAAGGGCGUGCACGGCGCGGGCGGCACGACGACGGCGCACAGCAAGCAGCUCGCGGCGGGCGGGGCCAACCACCCGGCCCAGCCGCAAGGUAACAAACGUUCUGGCUGUGGUAGCGAUGGAGACUACCAGCUGGUUCAACAUGAGGUGCUCUACUCCUCGUCCAACAGGUACGAGGUGUUGGAGUUCCUCGGGCGGGGCACCUUCGGUCAGGUGGUGAAGUGCUGGAAGAAGGGCACCAACGAGAUAGUCGCCAUCAAGAUCCUGAAGAACCACCCCAGCUAUGCCAGACAAGGCCAGAUUGAGGUGUCGAUCCUGUCGCGACUCUCCCAAGAGUCAGCGGACGAGUUCAACUUUGUGCGGGCCUACGAGUGCUUCCAGCACCGCUCGCACACGUGCCUGGUGUUCGAGAUGCUGGAGCAGAACCUCUACGACUUCCUCAAGCAGAACAAGUUCUCGCCGCUGCCGCUCAAGUACAUCCGCCCCAUACUGCAGCAGGUCUUGACAGCGCUGCUCAAGCUUAAGCAAUUGGGUCUGAUCCAUGCGGAUCUGAAGCCAGAGAACAUAAUGCUGGUAGAGCCCGCGCGGCAACCCUACCGCGUCAAGGUCAUCGACUUCGGCAGCGCCUCCCACGUCAGCAAGGCCGUGUGCAACACCUACCUGCAGAGCCGAUACUACAGGGCACCAGAAAUAAUACUGGGUCUGGCGUUCUGCGAAGCGAUCGACAUGUGGUCCCUUGGCUGCGUGGUCGCCGAGCUGUUCCUGGGCUGGCCCCUGUACCCUGGCUCCUCGGAGUACGAUCAGAUCAGAUACAUCUCGCAGACACAGGGGCUGCCGACCGAACACAUGCUUAACAGCGCAUCAAAGACGGCCAAGUUCUUCUACCGUGAUGUGGACAGCACCUAUCCGUUCUGGAGGCUAAAGACUCCUGAGGAACAUGAAUUGGAGACCGGUAUCAAGAGCAAAGAGGCAAGGAAGUACAUAUUCAACUGUCUCGACGACAUCGGACAGGUUAAUGUGCCAACGGACCUCGAGGGAGGGCAACUGUUGGCUGAAAAAGCAGACAGGAGGGAAUUUAUUGACUUGCUCAAACGAAUGCUCACCAUGGACCAGGAGCGGCGAAUCACCCCGGGUGAGGCUCUGAACCACGCGUUUGUGACGCUGGCUCAUCUGGUGGACUACGCACACUGUAAUAACGUAAAGGCUUCAGUGCAGAUGAUGGAGGUGUGCCGGCGGUCGGGGAGCGUGGGGGGUGUGGGUGUGGGUGGCGUGGGUGUGGGUGUGGGUGGCGAGUACGUGGGCGGCGUGGUGGCCCCGCCCCCCUCCACCGCGCACCAUCUGGCCCUCACCAUCAACCAGCAGCGACUACGGGCUGCGCCUUACGACAACCUCUACCAGCUUUACGGAGGAGGACGUGUGGCUGUGGGAGGUAGACAGUACGCCGCGCGGGCUGAGCCCUUCCCGCACCAGUUCGUGUCCUCCAUCCUGUGCCAGCCCGCUUACCAGGUGCAGCAGUUGGCUGCCGCGGCAGCUGCGGCCGCUGCAGCGCACCAACACGUGGGUGUUGGUGGCGUGGGUGUGGGUGUGGGCGUGGCGGACGUGGGCGAGUGGCGCGCGCCGCUAGUGGUGGAGCACGACCACGACACCUGGGACCACCACCACAAGAGAUCUACGAAGCAGCAGUCGAGCCAGCAACCGAGUGUGCCACAUUACCAGUCGCACCAUCAACCACAUCACUACGGUAUGGCGAGCAAUGGUGGCAAGAAGGAGACGACACAGCUGUCGCCGGUGAAGAAACGUGUGAAGGAAGGCACACCUCCUUCGAGGCGACACCAACAACAGGACCAUACCAUCCGCAGCACCGUGGGCUGGGAGGGCCCCGUGGUGCCCCAGGUGGCGCCGGGCCCCGCGGGUGCGCACACCAUCACGAUCCGCGACACGCCGUCGCCCGCGCGUGCCGUGUCCGUCAUCACCAUCUCCGACUCCGACGACGACGAGCAGCGGCCUCGCCCGCGGGACAACACAGGAAGCGGCGAGUGCUUGGCCGUGAGCAACGCGCCGAGCGGCAACAUGGAGCAGCGUGUGGUCGGCAACAUGGGCAACAACAUGGGCAGCACCAUGAGCAGCAACAUGGGCAGCACCAUGAGCAGCAACAUGGGCAGCAACAUGGGCAGCACCGUGCCCGCCAACGUGAGCGGCGGCGUCAUCUGCAGCGCGGUGCGCGAGCGAGACGAGCGACACGUCAAACACGAGCCGCACCAGUCGUGCCAUCACCUUCACCCGCACAACCAACAGCAGCAGACUCAACAGCAUCAAGCUCACCAGCAGCAGCAGCAACAACAGCAGCAGCAGCAACAACAGCAACAGCAUCAGCAACAACAGCAACAAGCCCAUCAACAACAACAACAACAACAGCAGCAGCAGCGACAGACCGCGGCUGCGCAGGCGACGCCACAGAGCCAGAAGAAGCGGUUACUUGCGCUCGCUCAACAAGACGCGCAGGCCAAGCAUGAACCGCAUCAUGAUCACCAACAACACUACUAUCGAUGCUUCCAGAAUGGCGGUAACGUGCGACAGAGCAACGAGUACCAGUGCAACCAGUACGUGCCGCCGCAACACAACAAGCGGGACAGUAGCGGCGGUUGUCGCGAGUACAUCCCGACGAGCGGCGUGAGCGGAGUGGGCGGGAUGAGCGGAGUGGGCGGGGUCAGCGGAGUGGGCGGGGUCAGCGGGGUGAGCGGAGUGAGCGGCGUGGGCAACAUGGCCGCCAACAUGAGCGUCAACCCGCACAAGCACGGUUGGCACCACCAUCCGCACGCACACUACAAAAGCGCGAGUGGCGGCGUGCUGUCUCCCACGGGGGGUAUGUCGCCCGGUUACCUGCCUCCUCUGUACGUGCCCACAUACCACUACCACACAGGGGGCGUGGGAGCAGUAGGGGCCGUGGGGGCCCCGCCCCCCGCCCACCACGCCAGCGGGGCGCGCCUGCCGCCCUACCUGCAGCCCUACUCGCCCACCUACCUGCUGCACCAGCACCCACCCCAGCUGUGGUACACCGACUGAGACACUGCUACUGUACUACUACACUGAACGUGUUUCAACUACAAACUAAUAACUCACAACCGGUCUUGAACAUUAAUAACGGGAUAUUCACCUCUAAUUGAUGAUUUGUAAGAUCCAACUUUGACGCAGUUGCAAGCCUGAUGAUCACUAGGGGAUUCUACUGCGAAUAACUGGAUAAUAGUGACUAGAACAGGAUUUACGAUCAGUUCAGGAACCGAAGAAUUACAGUACCAGACAUCCGUCCCGAUACCAUUAGUGUGAUAUGUAGACAGAUAAUAGCACUUGCAAUAGUGUUGAUGUCCUGUUAUUAGUGCUUACAAAGUAAUGUCUUCAUAGUAAUGUAAUGUUUAGAAUAGUUGUUCAUUGAUCUUUUUAUGGCUUUUAUAUUAUAAGUCAAUUUCUUUGACUACAGACUGUCCGAGUGAAAUAUUCACUCUGUGUCUUGUUUUCUUAAAAUAUGUUAAUUGUAUGUUAGUAUAGAGCCGAGAAAGGCUUGUGAAUUGUUUAAUUAAUUUAUGUGUGAUCAACAAUGAAUACGCUUUAUUCUGUAUAAUUUCACAUGAAGUGAUUAUUGAGAAUUAUGUGACUUCGCCGAUGACGACAAUAUUAUAUUUGUUUUAAAACUAUUCAAGUUAAUGCCUUUAGUGGUAUAAAGCUUUUAGAUGUAAGUAAAUUGAACGCACAUGUUCGCCGUCCUUACUGCGCGCGGCUGCUAUGGUUGGAUAACGACCGCUCCGGUAAGGGCAGACGAGCGAACCCGCGGGAACUCACUAACUUAUCACACUACUAAUUUUUAACCCAAAAUGUAUGACUAGUGUGCGCACGCGAGUUAUACAGGCGACUCGCGAAAAUGGGACAAUUGCUAGAAAACAGCUUCGACUAAACGAGUUCAUUGACCUGUCAGCUGUUCGAAAAAAGGUGCAGCGAUAAAGUUAAGCUGUUGCAGUUAAGGGGAGUAUGUUCAUUAUAAUUGUUAUAUUUUUGUUUUUAAGAAUCAAAAUUUGACAUAGCUUUUUCGAGCAGUUGUCCCGUUCUCAAGGACACCUGUGUUUAGUUCCUUGCUUAAGUUCUUGUAUAUUAUAAUAUAAUCCUGAGUACGGCCCGUUAUUCGCGUAGGAUGUUAGGUGUAGUAUGUAUAUUGUAAAGUUAUGAUCGGGAGAGAGUAGGUUGCAUUUACUAAUGUUUUAUCCUAGGUGUUAGUUUGUACCAAAUUAAAUGAUUUAUUAAAAUCUUACGAUACAUUAUUGUUGUGGUGGUUUCUGUCAAUUAAUUGGUUUCGUUUUAUCGUAUUUAUAGUGAUUCGCUUGUAUUAACGUCCGGUAUGUUCCAUAGCAGUGGAAGUAAACAUUAUUUAUAUGAUUUUCGUGUAGAUUUUAUAUCGAGCGCAUGUCGGUGACGGUAGACGUAUAUUAUAGAUAAAAUUAAUGUUUAUUUAAGAAUUUUAAAUAUCAGAUUUCUAGAGCUAUUUAGAUUUAAAUGAAUUUGUGUAUAAUUUGUUAGUUAGUGUAAUUUGAUAUGUUUUUUAGUUGCAUGGUGUUUAUUAUUUGAUGACGCAACGACGAUUGCGCUCCGGCCGAGACGGGCUUUACUUUCUUUUAAAUAUAUCGUGUUAGUAAAUAAUGGGUCGGGAAACCCACAUUUUAACCAUUUCCUUAACUAUUAAGCAAUUUGGGUUUUAUUUAGCACCUACUACGUUUUAUCAUUUUUAACCUCGUGUUAAGGGGGAGUUUAAACUAUUAAUUUUAAUUUCUAUUAUGUAGCGGUUAAGUAUUAUGUUAAUAUGAAGAAUAAACAUUAAAAUGGUAUCUACAGACCGAAACAGUAGGUCGUCAUUUAUCUCUUAUAUGUUCAGGUUUAUCAGUUUUGCUGCCUAAGUUACUCAUUAUUUUUGUUUCUAUUUCAUUAUAAGAAUGUAAUGGAUUCUUUGAUUUUAUAUUGGAUCUACAACUAAAAAAAAAAAUUUAACAUAUCAUCAUGCGUUUUCUGUUAUGUGAUUUGAUUUCUAUCUCACUUUUAUUGGUUUAUAAGAAGGGAAAUAUACUUUAAUAAAAUGCAGUCCUCUUCUAUAUAUAUAUGCACAUUUUCCUUCAAUCUUACCUUUGUUUUAAUUAUUAUAAUUAUAAAAAUCAGUUUUUUUAAUUUCGUUCAAAAUAUAACGAUUUCUUUCGUGAUUAUAAUAAUAAGUAAUAAGACACCCAUAACAUUAUUUUAUAUAAUAUUUAGUUUGCGAGAUUGUCCUCCAUUGAGGCUAAUUAAAUGAUCUCCAAAAUAUUCACCUACCCUCAUUUACACACAAUCGCUAAAUAUUAGCACAUAAUACAACAAACUAAUUCUAUAAGUGUAGAAAUGGAAUGUUUAUAAAUUUUACUUUCGUUUUUAGUGAUUUCUAACGAUGGGGCAAAUUUGCAAUUCUGUGAUUUAGUCAAUUGGAAAUGUACAUUUUGGGUCGUUGCAAUAAAUUCAUUUUUGUUUGUAUAAAUUGAGACAACAACAUUACAAUACAAUGCCCCAUGUAUGUAUGUAUAUGUUAGCGGUUAGUUGCAUUAGACUCUAGUGGUGUGCGCUGGUUUUAACAAUUAGUUUGGACUGUUCUCAUGUUAUAUUUAUAUAAUGAUGAAUGUACAAAUCGCAGACUUUCGGUUGUUUUUUUUUUCGCUUGAAUAACUGUUAGUUAUAUUUACUGUGAUCGCUAUAACAUAUUAUCGUUUUUCAUGUAGAUUUGCCCGAUUUUGUAGUUAUAGAAUUUGCGUUAGUGAAUUUGCUUGGCGUUUGGGCCGAUUUUAAACCGACUAAAUGACGGUUUAUUUAUAUUAUUACACAUGUUACUCCGCCCCUGAUCACCAGCUUUGAAAUAUAUUAAAUAAUUAACCGCCAUUUAAUCGGUUUAUAGUCAAUUUGAAGAUUCGGACGAAGUUGUGUGCCUAGCGCAGAGAUACGUUUGUAUCGAGUAUUUGGUAUUUUAUGUUCGACUGUAGUUUGUAAGCGCUUGUGUUUAGACAAGUAGUGAACCAUUAACAUACUUGUGGGUGAACAGGGGCUAAAUGCGCUCGUUAUGCUUAAGAAUUUUUUUUCAUUAAUAAUCGCAUUAUUAUGGGAGUUGUAAAUAAACAUCCAAAUACCCUUUUA